AUGCCGGUGCCGGUGACGGACCUCCUCGCGGACGGGGGGGGCGGUGGGGCGGCGGGCCGCGUCGGCAAGUCUCGAGCCGUCGCCCUCGCGGCCACGCUGUCCUUCAGGACGAAACUGAGGCGGGAGAUCCUUUCCGGGAACAUUAGGGCCGCGACAACGAUGCUGCAGAGAGAGCGCCCGGGGCUGCUGGAGAAGCGAGCGGACGUUAGGUUCGCUCUCAAGUGUCAGGAGUUCAUCGAGCUCGUCAAAAAGGGGGAGGUCACUGCCGCGGUGUCGUUGGCUCAGCGGGAUUUGUCGAGGUUCAGGGACUCCCCUCGAACCCGCUCCGACUCGCCCUCCUCCUUCUCUUCUUCUUCCUCCGCCCCUUCCCCGAACGGAUCCCCGUUCCGCAACGGCCACCACCUCGACAACAACAAGGCGGGCGGCGGCGGCGGCGGCGGCGGCGGCGGCGGCAGCGCACCAACAAACUCUUGUGCUUCUUCGCCGGCUGCAUCAGCAACGACUGCCGGGUUCGGUCAGGCCGCAGGGGCCGGCACAAGGGCGGGGGCGUCAUCUGCAACCGCGAGGUCGGGGGGGGUCAACACUCGAGGCGCCGCGCAGAGGCGAGGGGGCCCCGGGACUCGCGGUGGGGGGGUUAGGGGGCCCGGAGGGGGGGCGAGAUCGAGGGCGGCGGCGGGUGGCAGCGGUAGGGGCAACGGUAACGAGGGGGGCGAGUCGGAGGAGGAGACGGGGGAGGCGGCGGCGGCGGCGGCGGCGGCGGGGCGCAGGACCCGCAAGCGCAGAAGUCGCAGCUACGACCCGGUGAAGACCACCGACGAUCGUGCCAACCCGGAGGAAUUCAACUCGGACAAUCAGGCGUGCGCCAGCCCGGACAGGGGGGGUGCCUUCGGUGGAGGGUACCGGGGGCCCGCAGAUUUUGCGCGGAGGGGGGGAUUUCCGUCGACGUUAUUCGGCGGCGCCCCGUCCGUGUACGACUCGAAGCUUUUGGCGGUGAUGGGGUUGUUGGCGUACAGCGAUCCCGCCGCCAGCCCUUUGGGUUAUCUUGUCUCCGGCCUGCAGAAUCAGGCAAUCGCGGACAAGGUUAACGACGCCGUCUUGGCGGCGGACGCACUGACGCGUCGCAGUAACCCGGAUAGAAACAGCAGCACCAAUCAGCGUUCGCGCACCGCUUCUUCGAUCGGCGGCGCUUCGUCCAAUGAGACCGGCAACGGUAGCGGCGGCACUGCUCAAGCGGCAGCGGCGGCGGUGCCGACAUCGGGACUGGAGUUCGCUGUGCGGCACCUCCUCGCAACCCGGCAGAUGUACAUAUGGAAGUGCUACCGCCGGAAUCUAGAGGGUUUGUCAAGCACCUUUGCUUCUUGGCGGGAGAAAGCGUGGGCUCGAAUCUUGACAGGAAGGCUUGCUCAAGAGUCUGUUUCACCUUGAAAGUGUGUGCUCGGAAGCGUGUUGCAGCCACUCAGUCGGCCCGUUUGUUUUUAAGCAGCAUUCGAAGUGUAAGCAGGAGUCAGUCCCGUUGAACCUUAGAACGUGUUUGAAGCAACUCAGUGUGUUGAACCUUGGAAAGGUGGCCAUGUACCCUCGAGUGCGUCUUGGCAGCAGCACCCAGGGCGGUCGUGGGCGGGCGCUCAUGCUUUUUGUAACGGUGCUCGCAACGCGUUGCUCGCCGUCUGGACUGUUGCGGUAUUGAUCAAGAGGUGGCCGACGAAAAAUGACGCAUAGAUAGCUAUUCCAUUUGCGUAGG